AUGGGCGCGCGCAGGCCGGUAGCGAUGGGACUCCUCUUCGGGUUCAUGGUGGCGCUCUGGCGCAACUACCUCGACGCCCGGGAGAUUCGACACCGCAUCGGCGCGACGACGGCCGCCGACCUCGGCGCCGGCGGUAAUUCAGGGUUCAGCCGCGGGUUCGGAACCGACGAUCGCAUCCCGAACGCCGACCCGACGCCCGCGGUGACCGAAGCCUCAUCCGCCGCGUCAUCGGAUCCGACACGACCAAAAGAGCUCCAAAAUCGCCAAACGACGCCAAAGCCAAAGUCGACGCCGAAGAAAUCGCGGAUCGCCUCGGCGAUCACCCCGCCCGCGGUGCGUGCCGUGCGUUUGUCCUACCCGGACCCGUUCGCGAGACCGUUUGUCGAACCAGGGUGCGAACCCAAGCCGCCGGAUCCGGCGCUGCCGGGCCCGCGCCGAUUGGACUGGAUAGCCGACCCUCUCGAUACGGCGGAUGCGGACUGGCCGGUGAACUGCGGCGGGCACGAGACGCUGUGCGACGUGCUGCGUAAGACGGCGAUCGAUCGCGAGGUGCUCGCGGCGGUCGCGGACUCGCACGCGCCGGGCGUGUACGAGUUUGUCGACGGGAUCAAACGACUGGGCGUGGAAAACUUCAUGAUCAUCGCGCUCGACGAUCCCCUCCACAGGCGCCUCACCGACCAAGGCGUGGCGUCGUACAGGGUCGUCAACGACGCCCAAGGAUCGCACAAGAUCUCCGCGCAGAAGUUUCGCAUCAUCCAGGAGUUCGUGGAGCGGGGGUGCUCGGUUUUAUUGACCGACACGGACGUCGCGUGGAUGCGUAACCCUUUUCCGUUUCUAUACCGCGACGCCGACGUCGAAUCCAUGUCCGACGGGUGGGACAACAGCAGCGCGCACGGGUUCUUGGACCGCGUGGACGAUCCCUCCAUGGGCCCCGACGGUCGUAAAAGGGCGCGGGCCUUUCGCGUCGCGGCGCUAAACUCCGGCAUGUGGUACGUGUCCGCGACGGAGGCGUCUCGGCGUCUGAUGGCGAUCAUGGCGCACAGGAUGGCCACCGAGGAUAAGUUAUGGGACCAGGCGGGGUAUAACCUCGAGCUGUGGUUCGCGAGCAGGGACGCGCACGGCACCGCGGGCGCGACGGUUCGGGUCAUGGACCCGCUGUGCUUCGUCAACUCCAAGGUUAUGUUCCGGUUCAUUCGGCACAACCAGCCAGCGCUUGGCAAGGAGAACCACCGCCCGGUUGCCAUGCACGCGAAUUACCACACCGACAAGGCCCAUAAGAUGAAACUGGUGUACCAGUACUACACCAACGGCGCGGGCAUCGACGUGUUGAACUGCGACGUGGGUUGCGGACCAAACUUAAAGACCACGCACGAGCUGGAAUCCAAGGUGCAGCACUCGAUCAACGACGGCAUCGUUGGUUCAAAAAAAUGGACCGACGCGACGGAGGGAAUGUGGGCCGCCCGCCCCGGCGGACCCCCGGGCUCCAAACGUCCCAGCGAGGACCCUUCGCACUGCGCGCCACCGACGCCGUGGAACGGAGCGGUGGCCGGCGUCGAUCGCGCGUCGACGCUGCACGUCGUGAAGAGAGGUCGCGGCGGCGAGUGCGGAGCCGGAGUCGACGACGACUUUGCCGUAGCCUCGGCCGCCGUGUGCGCGGCUGUGGACAACCUCGGCGACCCGAACGCCCCGGAGCUCAUCCUCGUCACCGUGGGCGACGAUAUAAACGAGGAGGCGGCGUUCGAAGCGUUGCUGAGGGACGGCGUGACGCGUUUGGGUUUAAAAGGGAGGGUUCUGGUGGCGACGACGUCUUCGAAAGCCGCGAGCGCGGCGCGUUCGGCGGGGGUAAAGUCAGUCGCCCUCGUCGCCGCACAGCUGUCAAGCCAGCCGUCGAAAAGCAAAAGCGCGCCGCUGUCCUCGACCGCGCUCAAGUGGCUCGCCGCGCGUCUCGUCCUCUCCCAGGGCUGGCCGACGCUCCUGCUGGACCCGAGGACGGCGCUGAUCCGGGACCCGAGCGGAUACUUUUCCAGAGACUCAGACGUCGAGGUCGCGUCGGACGGGUGGGACGACGUCACCGCCUACGGGUACGAUCACGUGGUGGACGACCCGGAGAUGGACUGGUCCCGGUUCUGCCACGGCGGCCGCGUGCUCACCUCCGACCCGGGUUUCGCGCUGCUGAUGCCCACGGAGGAGGCGGCGAAGCUGGCGGGUCUCGUCUUUGGUCGCAUCGCCUAUCAAACGAGCCUAUCAAACGAGGCGGACUUUGAGCACCUGGCGUUCAACGAGGCGCUGUUCCUCCCCUCGCACGGCGCGUACGUCUCCCCGGGCGUCACCAGGCGCACCUUAAACUACAUGUGCUUCGCAAACAGCAAGCACGUGUUCCGCUUCCUCCGAAAGGACCGAAGGUUCAAGGACCGCGCCGAGCACGCGCCGGUGGCGGUGCGGCUCUCGUACCACCCGAACGAACCGGCGAGGCUCGGUGACGUGUACGCGUAUUACCUCAAGGGUAAGUCCGGCGCCCUGAACGGUUGGGGCGACGGCGUCGGGAGGGUCAAGGGGGGCGACGCGGGUGGGUCAGGCGUCGGUUCAAAGGCGUGCGCGCAGAGUAAGUCGCUGAAGCCCGGGCAGGGCGUCGACGAAGCUCGAAACGAGGCACUGGCGUCGAGACUGGCGACGAACCCGAACUGGUCGUGGGGCGGGGUGACGCCGUUCGUGUUCGAGCCCGGGGGCGCGCUGUCCACGCCGUGGGGACCCGGCGAGUGGGGGUUCGUCCCUGCGGGGUCCGACGGUCCGGGCGUGGUGAUGGCCAAAUUCGUCGGCACCCCGCACGUGCUGUCGUUCGAGACGGCGGGGGAGGGAGCGGGGGCUGUGCGACACGGGAUGUUUGUGUCGGAGCGGUGCACGGACGGGGACAUGAUCGUCGGGAGGAUAUACGCCGAGUUGACGGACGAGGACAGGAAGAAGCUCGCGUCGGCGCGCGGCGGGUAG